AUGGAGCCUCUCUCACCACAGCAGCUGCGUGAGUGGUACGCUCGGCGCACCCGCCUUCAGAGUAGAGCCGCUAGCAGUGCUGUGUCUAGGGGUGCUGAGCCUGAGCGUGUGGAGCCUGGGGGUGCUGAGCCUGCGGGUGCGGAGCCUAAGGGUGUUGAGCCUGGGGGUGCGGAGCCUGGGGAUGCUGGGCCUAGGGGUGCUGCGGCCGGGGGUGCUGAGCCUAGGGGUGCUGCGUCUGGGGGUGCUGAGCUUGCUGGUGCUGAGUCUGGGAGUCCUGUGCCUGGUGGUGCUGCGUUUGCUGGAGUCUCGUCGCUAGAGCUGGAGGCCCUGGAGCUGGUGGCGCUGGCGCUGGAGCGGCUGGAGGCGCUGACUCUAGAGGAGCUGGAGACGCUGCAGCGGGAGGUACUAGAGCUGGAGGCGCUGGGGCUGGAGGCGCUGGAGUUGGAUGCCCUGGAGCUGGUGGCACUGGCGCUGGAGCCGCUGGAGGCGCUGACUCUGGAGGAGCUGGAGACGCUGCACCUGGAGGUACUGGAGCUGGAGGCGCUGGCGCUGGAGGCGCUGGAGCUGGAGGCGAUGACGCUGGUGGCGCUGGAGCUGGAGCCACUAGACCUGGAGACGCUAGCACUGGAGGCACUGGAGGCGCUGGAGCUGGAGGUGCUGUGGUUGCUGGCGCUGGAGGCCCUGGAGCUGGAGCUGUCCGAGCUUCCGCCCGAGUCGGUGCUCCAUCAAGCUCUUAGUCUUCCUUCGUCCACUGCCCUUCCUCCGGACUCACCGCUGCCUGCCCCGCCUCGUUACACUGAGCAGCCGGUCUCCCUCACAGAACGUCGUGAACCUGCGUCUCGUCCUGCCUCCCCUGUUCGCACUGUUCGCCGUGCUCGUCGUGUUCCUCGUCCGCGUCCUCCUCCUGUGCCAGGUACUCACACUAUGGCACUUCGUCCUUCCUCUGUUCCGCAGCGUGUCCCUCUGCCGUCUCCUCCUGCGUCCUCUCUUCUUGACGUUCCGGACCCUGCGUCUGACUUGAUUCGUGCUGCCAGCCCCACUGUCACGCGUCUCCUCGCUACUGUCGUUACUGACCCGUCGUUUGAGUCUACUACUGCGUCUGCCAUAGUUGCUGGUCUUGUGGACUUUGCUGCUGCGUGUCGUCUAGACUACGCCACUAGCCUUGUUGCUGAGUCUGAGUCUGUCUGUCCUCCGUCCGUCGGGGGUGAGUGUGCUCUUGGCACGGACAUCCUUGAGGACAGGCUGCAGAACUUUGACUGUCUUGCGGCUGCUGUACCUCAUCUCAUGGCCUGGCUGCUUGCACCUGAGGGAGACCCGGAUGCACUGGACAUCCCGACCCCGCGCUCUUACGCAGAGGUGAUCACGGGUCCUUACUCCUCUCAGUGGCACACAGCCAUGGACGCAGAGAUGGCAUCCUGGAAGUCCAUAGGCACUUACGUCGACGAGGUUCCCCCUCCUGGGGCGAACAUAGUCGAUGGCAUGUGGAUUUUCAGGGUGAAGCGGCCGUCGGGUUCUCCGCCUGUCUUCAAGGCUCGUUACGUUGCUCGAGGCUUCAGUCAGCGACAGAGAGUUGACUUCUUCCAGACCUUCUCCCCUACCCCGAAGAUGACCACUCUUCGGGUGCUGCUGCACGUUGCCGCUCAGCGUGACUACGAGCUUCACUCUCUUGACUUCAGCACAGCGUUCUUACAGGGCAGCCUGCACGAGGAGAUCUGGCUGCGCCGCCCUCCUAGCUUCACUGGGUCGUUUCCUGCUGGUACCCAGUGGAGCCUCCGGCGGCCAGUCUACGGUCUCCGCUAG